AUGGGUCGCCGCAAGCAGUAUAUACACGACUGGGUUGGCGACAGGUUCGACAAUCAUAAGUUCACCUUUUCUGAUCAGAGCCAAUGGCUCACUUACAACAAGAUCAGCGAGAAGGGAUUUGUGAUUGACUAUGCGGAUGAGGAACCUCUUGCAAAAAACCAAGCAGUAUAUAACUGCCGCCAAACCAAGGGCCCAUCUGGUCCCAUCUGA